AAAUUUGUCUUUUACUACUAAACCGGACAAAUUGAUGGUUUAAAAACAAAACUCGGUCUGGAUUAUAAUAAAAUCAGAUCAUGAGAGACUACCAAACAAGAGAGUCCUUUCGAUCUCUGCAAAUUUGUUUUUGACUCUAAUUAAGAGGAGAAGAAGUGUACUAGUUGAAGCGAAGAAUCCAAAACGCGGUGAUCCGUGCGUUUCAGACAUCAAUCGCCAAACGUAUGCAUAACUGGGUUAGAGCUUCCUCUUCCGAUUUCACGGGAACUCCUCCACAGCCUAGGAGUGGACAUACAGCUGUCAAUGUCGGAAAAUCCAUGGUCGUUGUGUUCGGCGGUCUCGUCGACAAGAAGUUCCUCAACGACAUCAUUGUCUAUGACAUUGAGAACAAACUCUGGUUUGAGCCAGAAUGUACUGGCAGCGUGUCUGAAGGAAAAGUUGGUCCUACACCUCGCGCCUUUCAUGUUGCCAUCACUAUUGAUUGCCAUAUGUUCAUCUUUGGUGGACGUUCUGGUGGCAAGAGGUUGGGUGACUUCUGGGUUCUAGAUACUGAUAUAUGGCAGUGGUCUGAGCUAACCAGCUUUGGCGACUUACCUACGCCUCGUGAUUUUUCUGCCGCCGCUGCUAUUGGGAACCAGAAAAUUGUGUUGUGUGGCGGCUGGGAUGGUAAAAAAUGGCUGUCAGAUGUGUAUGUUAUGGACACAAUGUCUCUUGAAUGGAUGGAGCUGUCGGUUUCGGGGUCGUUGCCGCCUCCUAGAUGUGGCCAUACAGCCACCAUGGUUGAGAAACGUUUACUUGUUUUUGGUGGCCGAGGAGGUGGUGGCCCUAUCAUGGGUGAUCUGUGGGCUUUGAAGGGUCUAAUAGAUGAAGAGCGUGAAACACCUGGAUGGACCCAACUAAAACUUCCUGGCCAAGCACCAUCAGCUCGAUGUGGUCACACUGUCACAUCCGGAGGACAUUAUCUUCUGUUAUUUGGGGGACAUGGAACUGGUGGAUGGCUGAGUCGUUAUGAUGUCUAUUAUAAUGACACUAUAAUUUUAGACAGAGUAACUGCGCAGUGGAAGCGCUUACCGAUAAGCAAUGAUGAGCCUCCUCCUCCUCGAGCUUACCAUACAAUGACUAGUAUUGUUGCUCGUCAUCUUUUAAUUGGUGGUUUUGAUGGAAAAUCAACCUUCGGUGAUCUUUGGUGGUUGGUUCCUGAAGAUGAUCCGAUAGCCAAGAGGUCUUCUGUACCUCAACUUAGAAACCCUCCUGAGACUAAAGAGUCAGAGAGAGAUUUGGAUACGCAGGAAAGAGGACAAGAGGGAUUCACUAUCGUCGACUUGCAAAAGAAAAUGGGAAUCUCUGUUUCUUCAGGGUUACGCCUUCAAAUACCCGAGGAGUUAGAAGAUCAAGAGUUCGUUGAGUUAGGAACCAGAUUGAUUGAGGGAGAUGCAGUUGAUAAUGGAGCCUCCAUGAUUCAGAUGGCAGCUGAAGCACUUCGUCAACAUUGGAAAGAGUCCACUCCAGAGACUUUGCAAUUAAAGGAGCUUGGUUCCUUGCUUCGAGAUUAUCAGCGACUGGUUACCCGAAAAUACACAUCACAGAGCAGCUUAACAUCUGCUGAUUUUGGAAAGAAGACGUUUACGUUUUAUCAUAUCAAAAAUUCUUCCGAGUUGCGGAUGGAUGACAUUGCGGAGUUGCUGGAAGAAUACAAAACCCUUGUAAUCUGAUUGAGGAGCUCUGCCAUGAAACUCACAAGGAGAAUACAAAACUCAUCAAGUAGCUGCCAAGAAGAUCACCAAGAUUGCUAUCAGCAUUACCAUUGCAAACCACAAAGCUAAAAAGUCUCAAGAGAAUCACAUCUCUGAUAGACAACUAUGUGCAACUUCUUUUUAGCAAGAACAAAAAGAUACAACGUAUAUGUAAGACUUCCAUUAUCUCAACUUAAAUCCAUAUCUAAGCCUCUGCUCUUUUAUUUCUU